AUCACUGGGGUGUUCCCAAGCGCGCAAAUUAAAGGUACUACCGCCUAGAAACACAUAAAAUUAUUUGUUUUGAUUUAUAUAAAACGCGUAUGCGUAAACAUAUAAGGGGUAGAGAAGCUAGCUAACGGUCAGUACAUCGAUAAACGACGGACUAAAACUGAGUUUAGGGGUUGAAAUCAGGCGCAGCGAUGGUACUGAGUGAGAACGACGCAGGUAAGAGACUGACUUCUGCGGCAGCUAAGGGAGACGUCGCGGACGUGCGACGGAUGCUGGAGGAAUGCAGAGUUCAUCCAGACACCAUAAAUGAAUUCGGGAAAACGGCCUUACAGGUAAUGAUGAUGGGCAACAACAACGUGGCUUGUCUCUUGUUGGAGAAUGGUGCCGAUCCAAACAUCCAGGAUAAUUUUGGGAUAACGCCAGCCCACGACGCUGCCCGAACAGGCUUCUUGGACACGCUUCAUGUCUUGGUGGACUAUGGUGCAUCUGUCAACAUACCUGAUAAAUCAGGGGCCUUACCUAUCCACAUCGCCAUUCGAGAGGGCUACAGAGAUGUCGUGGAGUAUUUAGCUCCACGGUCAAACCUCGGGCACCAGGACACACGAGGGGAUACUGCACUGGACAUCGCCAUGGCAACAUGCACUCCUGAUAUUGUAGAGCUGUUAAAACGGCAGUUAGAAUCGACUCUGGCUUGACAGUCAUUGGAAAAUAAUUAGAGUUCUAUAAAUUAAUCGUUUAAAACACAUCUAAUGUUCUAGGGCCCACUUCUUUGGAGUGGAUAUUUUUGUGUACAUGACUAGAUUACUACAUUUUUAUAUUGUUUAAUUGUUCAGUUGGAUAGUUAAUCCAGAAUACUAGAUGAAGAAUGUCGCAGCAGUUUUGCACAGGGCAAAGUAUCCAAAAUGGGGAUGAGGGGCACUUUCCCUCACCCAGUGAUUUGGGAGUUUGCCAUGCACAAUUGUAAGUAGCUCUUUUUCAUCCUUUUACAGCAAACAAUAACACAUACUGCACAGGUCUGUGUAGAAUAACUUGAACUGUUAACUUUUUAAAAAAUCUCAUGACAUUACUGUUGCCCUCAUUCACUUAUUGAGGUUCUGCAACAUGCACUGAUGACCUUGUAUUUACUUAGUUUGGUAAUGGUGUGUAUCAACAUUUUAGUGUUUGAUUUGUAUAUAACAUUUGAUGAAAUUAUUAACUUAUUUAUUGACAGAUUGUAAAUAUUCAUUUAUGUUUACUAUGACCUUUCUGAUGUUAUUUAUGAAGAUGCUUGUCAGUCCACCCUCCACCUUGUCCUGCCUCUUAAAAAGGGUGAACUGGUGUUGUUAUUUCAUCAGUUCUUUGAAUCACAAUUAAAUGCUUAUAC